ACUAUAGUUUUCUUCUAAUCAAAAUAUAGUUCCACUCUUUAUCAAAUACCUGAUAUCUUUGUCUUUUCUUUUUCUUAAAACUAAUGUAUAUGUACUUUGUAUUUAUAUUUAAUAAAUUCCUGCUUUUUUCCUUUAAUACGAUUUUUAAACAAUGUAUCCUUUAUGCCGCACAGGUAAUAAACGUGGCAAUGAACACUUUACAUGCAACACAGUACAUAUAUUGAACACAUAUUUGUUAUAAAUUGGAAUUAAGUCAAUUCGUGCGAUCAAGAUGUUCUCAUCGAAAAUAAAUUCAUUCCUGAAAUCGAGUUUUCUUAUAGGUUAUGUGGACAAUUCCUUUCAUUACAUGAAAUAUACGAAUUAUGCAUGUUAUUUGAAUUCUAGAUCAAACAGAAACUUUUGUUCAUCAACAACUCGCAAAAAUACUAAUGUAUUUGGAGAUCUUGCGUACGAAAAAUAUGAAAGAGUCAAAAUGGAUGAAGCAGAAGCAAAAGAAGAGAAAUUUAUGGAAAGUGAUGCAAAAGUUCCAAAGUGGAAAAAAUAUAGUCAUGGACAGUACUGUAACCUUAUCAAAUCUCAUAUAGCUGAUGGAAAUUUGAAUUUAGCAUUAACUGUACUGGAUUUAGCUAAAGAGAAUCGUGAUAAACUUAGUGCACACAUGUAUAAUCUAUUAAUAUAUGGGUUUGCUCAGCAAGGAUUCGUGGAAAUGUGCUUUAAACUUUACAACAAAUUAAAGAAAGAUGGUCUAAUACCUUCUCAAGCAGUAUAUAAUAACUUAAUUAAUGCUUGUGCUUUGACGAAUAAUACAGAUAAAGCAAUCUGGUACCUACAAAAUUUACGAGAGCAUUUUUACCAAAAGAAUGUUGCUUUAAAUACAACACAUUAUGCAACUCUUGUAAAAGCUUAUGCUUGGCAUAAACAAGUUAAUACUGCCUUUGAAAUAGCAGAUGAAGCAAAAGACAGAGGAUUGCUCUCAGAAGAUCUAUAUGUUGCUUUAUUUCAUGCUGCAAUUAGUGAUAAACAAGAAGGAUUAAAAUAUGCUUUAGCUCUGUGGCAUCAAAUGAGAAAACAUGGCAUGAAGCCAACUGUAAUUCAUUACAAUCUACUCUUCAGAGCAAUCAGAGAUACAAAGUUUGGUAAACUGAAAGCAAAUGAUUUUAUAACACCUGCUACACCUAGUUCUCAAAUUGUAUUUGAAUCUGCAGGAAGACCAGACUUAUUAGCAUCUCCACCAGUAUUAAGUCGUCCACUUCUUUCUUUUGUUGAAGAUGAUAAAAAUAAAAGUGAAAACCUUAUUAAACAGGAUAUUGAAUCACUAAUAUCUGAAAAUUUGGAUCAAAUAUUGAUAUCUAAUAAACUAAUUUUAUUUGGUGGAGCAGAGAAAUUGUUAGAAAGAAUGAAAGACGACAAUGUAACUCCUAAUACGAAGACAUUGACUAUUCUCAUGGAACUGCUACCAAAUUCUCUUGAAGCAGAAAACCAAUUUUUGAAAUAUAUUAAUAAAUAUGACAUGGAAGUAGAUAUAAGUUUCUUUAAUAUGCUUAUUAAAAAAAGAUGUUUUAGAAAACAAUAUAUGGCAGCAAAAGAUAUUCUCAAUGAAGUCCAGAGAUGUAAUCUAGAACCAAACAUUAUGACAUUUGGAGUAUUAGCCUUAGCAUGCCCAAAACUUGAACAUGGCAUAGAGCUUUUAGAACAAAUGAGUAUUCUUGGUUUACAACCAAAUGUUACAGUAGUGGGGGCGCUAAUUCGCUCAGCAUGUUACAGGAAGGACUUCGAAUAUAUUAAAUUUAUGCUGAAUUAUAUUUUAGAAAACGAUAUAAAACCAUCCCACAAUAUAUUUAAAAUCUUAGAAAAUUUUGAACAAUUAGUAUUGGAAGAAUUAAAAGAUAUGAACCGAUACCACCGUCACUAUGUACGCGAACUGGGAAAAAACUAUAACGGUUACAAGUUAUUAUAUGACGAGUGGAAAGAAACAAUGCAAAAGAAAAAUAAUGGUUAAAAUGUCGGAAACAAAGAUUAGGACAUAAUUGUAAGGAUAUUUCUAAGACGUUUUGUUCUAGGUCAUAUACAAAUAGUUGUACUAUCGUGAAAAGAUUUUUAAUAAAAACUUAGUGGACAAUAUAUUAAA